CGAUGGACGAUAAUCGAGAAGUCAGCUAAAAAUGCAGUGAAAUGUGUGUCAGAUCAGGUGAUCUCCAUCUCCAAGAUCUCCAGUUGUCCAAGUUCUUCCAAGUUCCAAGUUUCUCUUGAAGUUGGCAUAUUAAAAAGGCUCUACGUUACCUGUCUAUUACCUACCUCUCUUCCUCCUUCGAUACAGGUGAUCGAACUUCCCGGAAUGGGAACGCAUCAAAUUUAAAAUUAUCCGGAAGGGACUCAUGUAAUUUAGCCAUAAUCUCGAAUCUCUUCUUAUCUUCAAGAAUGGCAGAAAAUCUGGGAAAACGUCCAUCUAAAGGAAUUCUAAAAACGUCUAGCAGCUUUGACAACCAAGAGGCACCGAGAGCGAAUAAAGAGACAAAAUGGGACGAAAUGAACAUCAUAGCAACUUUACAUCCGGCCGAGAAGGAUUACGGCCACAUGAAAAUUGACGAACCAAAAACCCCAUAUAAUUACGAGGGAGUUAACGAUCACGAAAUUGAUCAGUUGGACUCGAGUGCAGUUGCAUCAAAGCUCGAGAAAGGUUCGAAGCCAAAAAUUUUUGAUGAGUCAAGUGACGAGGAGGACGAAGAAACCCCAGAAGAAAAAGAGAAGAGGAAAGCGUUCGAGGCGAAAAGAAAGGGCCACUAUCGAGAAUGGGAGGCAGUUCAACUGGCUCGAAAGAAGCUUUUAGAAGAAGACGAGGAGGAAGACGAGGAGGAUGCCAAGGAAGCAUCGAGUGGCGAUGACGAAAGGAUUUCAAAAACUCAAUUCAAAAAAAGCCAGAGAAGAGACCAAUCUGGUUCCGGAUGUUCGAGAUGUCAGACGUGGUGAAUCUUUGUACACCACAAGCAAAAUAAAUAAGAAAAUCUCUGCGCCGCCGACAGCUAUUUUUUGUUUAACGAAAUAUUUUAUUUUCGACGAAAUAUUGUUUUGAUUUAAUUUACAAAUUUAAUAAAUUAUUUUCUCAAAAGUUUUCUGGCUCAA